AUGGAUAAGAUCAAGCAAGUCUUCAUCCCGGCCGAGCAGGGGACCAGGGACAAUGACAUCGCCCAGCGCCACGAUGCUCAUCAGAAGGAAGAGUUGGCAGCACUACGCAGUCAACUGGCCAACCAGUCGCAGCUGCAACAAGCCAGAGCCGCUCAUCACCAGUUUGAAAGGAUAUCUCUGCCCGGUUCACAGCCUGCUUCCAGAGUGAGUGCGAACAGAAGAUACCUGCACGCGGGCAGCGUCGACCAUACCCCGAGAACCUCACCACCUUCCUCCGCCGUCCAUUCGCCACCACUGACCCCCGCUGCCACUCAAUCUCGAGAUGGCGGCAACAAGCUGCAGCCGCCGACUAGUGCUUCGGCAGUGCGGCCGCCGCACGAUAUUAUGACGCCGCAGCGGUCAGCAUCGCCAGCUCGGAACGACACAGCCGGUCCCGUAUCUAGUCAUCCUAAGCAACAGCCUGCGCACUCCCUAGGACCGGCUGGAGAUUCACAGCCUCCUUCGAAAGACGUAUCUCCUACCGCUGGCACUCCUGCCAGCACAGCACCUGGAACUCCUCGACCCUUCACACCCACUUCAGAUGCCAGCAAGGCGACGGGCAAGCGACAGUCGCAGCAGGUCGCGACCUCAGACCCCUAUUCAAAAUACAGAUUCGGCGAUAGAGAUCCAGCACAGGGUUAUGCCAAUUCUGGACAAGGCCCUCCUCUACCUGGCAUGCCCACCCUGCCCACAUCGGGUUCAGGUACUGACAUCAUCAAGGCAAAAAAGCGCUCCAGCUUCUUCGGCGGCCGGAAAGAUCACAACGACAGCUCUUUGACGGUCGAUGACAAGGGCCACCACCAUUCCAGCUCCAAAUCAAACCUCAAGCGCUUCUUCAAGGGUUUCGGCAGCGACCACAAGCACAAGAAAGAGGAGAAGGAUUUAUCAUCACGGUCAAAUGGUGGCUCAUCAGGCACUAGGACACCUACGCACACCAAUACUGGCGAUCAGCCUAGUGUGCCAUUCGCUGACGAUCAUGGCCUGCAGUCAAAGUAUGGCAAGUUUGGAAAGAUGCUUGGUUCCGGCGCCGGUGGCUCCGUGCGACUUAUGAAGCGCAGCGGAGAUGGCACAGUGUUCGCAGUCAAGCAGUUCCGAGAUCGACACGCCUAUGAGAGCGAACGGGAGUACAAUAAGAAGGUCACCGCCGAGUUCUGCAUUGGCUCGACGCUCCACCACGGAAAUGUCAUCGAAACGAUCGACAUCGUACAUGAGAAGGGAAAGUGGUACGAGGUAAUGGAGUAUGCGCCAUACGACCUGUUUGCGACGGUCAUGGCCGGCAAGAUGGGUCGUGAAGAGAUCACUUGCGCGACGUUGCAGAUUCUGAGUGGUGUGCUAUACCUUCACAGCAUGGGUCUGGCUCACCGCGAUCUGAAGCUCGACAACGUCGUCAUCAGUGAGCAUGGCAUUAUGAAACUCAUCGACUUUGGCAGCGCGGUUGUCUUCCGAUAUCCAUUCGAGAGCGAGAUUGUGCUAGCAUCAGGCGUUGUUGGCUCAGACCCCUACUUGGCACCCGAGGUGUAUGACCAGGCACGAUAUGAUCCGCGACCGGCCGACAUCUGGUCGAUAGCCAUCAUAUUCUGCUGUAUGACGUUGCGCAGAUUCCCGUGGAAGGCCCCUAGGAUUUCCGACAACUCGUACCGCCUGUUCAUCUCACCUCCAGACCCAGAUCAAGACAAGCUGCUCGACUCGCAUCGCCGUUCUACCGCUGCCAAGUCAACGACCGCACCACCGUCACGGAAUCCUAGCGGCGACGAUACGAACCCUGAGCACAAAUCUCAUCACCACCACCACCAUCAUCACCAUCACAAUGGUGGCAAUCAAUCUGCCAGUGAACCGGCAAGCAGGACAACGACCGCCUCGAAUACGGAUUCUCAGCCUACCAUUAAGGGCCCCGUGAGACUUCUCAGGUUGCUGCCACGUGAGACGAGACACAUCAUUGGUAGCAUGCUUGAGCUGGAUCCUAACAAGCGUGCUACGAUGGACGACAUCUUGGCCGACCCGUGGGUCCAGAAUGCUCUGGUGUGUAGACAGCAAGAGGAUGGAGAGAUUGUCAAAGCGCCAAACCACACGCACACGCUACAGCCUAGUAAUGCUUCCUAGUGUCGAUGCACAUAUCCAUCAGAUACAUACGACCCAAUUCUGACUGCAAGCUGCCAACGCCAUCCACCUUGAAAAAUGAAGCGAUUUCAUGACAAGGAUUUUUGAGUCCCGAUUCUGCGAGGAAGCAAGUAGACCUCUUUCCGCAUCUCUUCGGCUGAUGCUGAUGCAAUUGAUCUGGACGACAUUCGAUGCCUGAAUAUAUUCCGCAGCUCGCCGAUUGAUUAAUCGGAUUUUUUUAAGUGAGCAACCGAACAUGUUCCUGAAACAUCUCGCAUUUGAUGCAACGGUGAUUUGUAAAUCGGUUUGCCGACCGAUUUUGCACGCAAUACAAGCAAGCGAUGACAUGAAUUCCAAACCCUAGAACCCAGUAAUGAAACAUUGAAAUGGCUGCUGCAGCGCUUCAGUAUUUGCUGCUUCCCUCUUGUUCAUGUGUGUGAUAAGGCUAAGCUCUAUUAAGUGGAGCUGGAGCGCGAUGAAAGACAUGCUUACGGAACAGAUUGUUUUUGGGACGAGGGUGGGGGGGGGGGGGGGGGUUCGAGCAAAGAUGCGAAUUUAUAAUAAGGGAGCCUCGAUUGCUCGCUGCAUCGGGUCCGCAUGUGAUUGUGAGCUGGCCUGGCCUGGCCUCUCUAACGUUGGUUGGCCGCCCAUGCCGCAGACUUUGAAACGUGCUCUGCUGGACC